AGUUUUGUGUAGUUUCUACGUUUUCCUCCUUAUAUAAACCCUUCCAUUUCUUCCCAUUUCUUCACUGUUCCAAUUUUCCCCAAUUUUUACAAAAUCCCCAAACCCUAAUUUCCCCAAUUCGCUAUCUGUCUCUUCAAUAUUCCUUUCGAUUUCGGAAAUGGCGGAGGAGUUCGACGAAUCCGAAGUGAUUUUCUCCCACAAUUUCUCCGAUCAUCGACACCGGGAGGAGGGGAAUUCUCCGCUCGUACUUCUCCGGGGGCGAUCCAUCGGCGAGGAUAGGCGGCGGAGUAAGACGACAACGAAGACGGCGCUGUCGAGCUCUUUGCCGGUGAAAAUACCUCCGGAGAAUGUGUUCCGGAGGUACCCUGCGGCGGCGGAGGAAUUCUCCGACGAGGAAAAUUCCAACGGCGGUGGAGGAGAGAUCGUACCGCCGCACGUGAUCGUCGGGAGGAGGAUUCAGGGAAAAAUGGCGUUCUCCGUCUGUACAGGGAACGGGAGGACUCUAAAGGGACGGGAUCUGAGCCGGGUUAGAAAUUCGGUUCUGAGGUUAACCGGUUUUUUGGAGGCCUGAACCGGUCCGGUUCGCCAUCCCAACUCCUCUCCAUUUUUUUUUUGGAAAAAAAAAUCUUAAAACCAAUUAGCAAUCUCGUGUUCUUUUAGUUAAUUAAAUCUACGAAUGAAAACAAAAAAUCGAGUUCCGUGUAAUUUUUUUCCCUUCUUCACAGAAAUCGAUUAGUGGAUAGUGGUAACAAAUUGGAUAAAAAAAAGUUGCGGGGUUAUAAUAUAAUAAAAGAUAAUUCGUUGUUAUGAUCCAUCCAUCCGAAGUUUUCCUUUUGUGUAUCAAUUUCUUUUGUACUUUAUUUCAAUUUUUUAGAAUUUUAUUGGAAAAUUAUGAAA